AUGUCGGCUUUCGAAGUGACUCUCCAACAGCUCAAUGACUUGUUGACGGACGACAGCGGCUUUUACAGCUGGCCAACUAAACACGCCCACGAGGUUUAUCCACGCAUCUACGUCGGCAAUGCGUUUGUGGCGACAAAUGUGACACGCCUGAAGAGUAUGGGCAUCACCCACAUCCUCAAUGCAGCAGAGGGAAACUCCUUCAUGCAUGUUAACACAAACACAGAGUUCUACGCAGGCACGGGCAUCACCUACCAUGGCGUGGCAGCUAGCGACACGGAUCACUUCGACAUCAGCGUUUACUUUGAAGAGGCAGCAGACUUUAUAGAGAAAGCUCUGACUUACAAAAAUGGGAAAGGUAGAGUAUAUGUGCAUUGCAGAGAAGGCUACAGCCGUUCCCCAACCUUAGUCAUUGCCUACCUGAUGCUUCGCCAGAACAUGGACGUCCACAGCGCUUUGGCUACAGUGAGACAGAGGAGAGAGAUCGGGCCUAAUGACGGCUUCCUUUACCAGCUAUGCAUAUUAAACCAGAGGCUAGCCAUUGAGAGAAUGUUCUGA